UUUGCUACAGAGGCGGAUCUGCGGGGUGUCCUCCCCCCCUCUGCACGGACCUGUCUGCCUCAGUGUGGACCAGCUGAGCAGAAGAGACCAUCAUGGCACCUUCAAAGAUGAACCGGGUGUUCGUCAUCGGCGUGGGCAUGACCAAGUUUGAAAAGCCAGGAGGCAACUAUGAUUAUCCUGAUAUGGCCAAGGAAGCAGGUCAAAAGGCUCUAGCAGACGCAGGAGUCCCAUAUUCUGCCAUUGAACAAGCCUGUGUUGGAUACGUCUAUGGCGACUCCACGUGUGGGCAGAGGGCAAUUUACCACGGCCUCGGCCUGACCGGGAUCCCCAUCAUCAACGUGAACAACAACUGCUCCACGGGCUCUACGGCUCUCUUCAUGGCUCGCCAGCUGGUCAGGGGAGGUCUUGCUGAAUGUGCCCUUGCCCUCGGGUUUGAGAGGAUGGAGAAGGGCUCUUUGUCUGCAAAGUUUAUGGACAGGACCAAUCCAAUGGACAAGCACAUGGAGGUGAUGAUCAACCGCUACGGGAUGGUGGCAGCUCCAGCAGCAGCACAGAUGUUCGGUAACGCCGGCAGGGAGCACAUGGAGAAAUAUGGCACAAAACCGGAACAUUUUGCCAAAAUUGCCUGGAAAAACCACAAGCAUUCCACCAACAACCCGUACUCCCAGUUCCGGGAUGAGUACAGCCUGGAGCAGGUGAUUAACUCCCGGAAAGUCUUUGACUUCCUCACUCUACUGCAGUGUUGCCCGACAUCAGACGGCGCCGGAGCAGCGGUGCUGGCCAGCGAGGCCUUCGUCAGGAAACACCACCUGGAGAAGCAGGCGGUGGAGAUCGUGGCCCAAGAGAUGGUGACUGACCUCGCUUCCACGUUUGAGGAGAACAGCUGCAUUAAGAUGGUGGGUUAUGACAUGUCACGGGCGGCGGCCAAGAAGUGUUACGAAGCUUCAGGUCUGACGCCCAGUGACGUCGAUGUGGUUGAGCUGCACGACUGUUUCUCAGCCAACGAGCUCAUCACGUAUGAGGCUCUGGGACUGUGUGCAGAGGGUAAAGCAGGACAGCUGAUUGACAGAGGGGACAACACGUACGGAGGCAAGUUCGUGGUCAACCCCAGUGGAGGUCUAAUCUCUAAAGGACAUCCUCUCGGUGCCACAGGUCUGGCCCAGUGUGCAGAGCUGUGCUGGCAGCUCCGCGGGCAGGCUGACAGGAGGCAGGUCCCGGGGGCAAAGGUGGCCUUGCAACACAACAUUGGCUUAGGAGGCGCCGUCGUCGUUGCUCUCUACAGGCUGGGAUUUCCUCAGCAGUCCAGUUCCCGCGUAGGUGCAGUUCCCACCAGCUCAGCCAGUCUGGAGGGAUUCAAGGCGUAUCCUGUAUUUAAAGAGAUGGAAAAACGUCUACAGGAGGAAGGAGAGCAGCUUGUUAAGAAGAUUGGUGGAGUGUUUGCCUUCAAAGUGAAGGAUGGACCGGAAGGGAAAGAGGGGACUUGGGUUGUCGAUGUAAAAAAUGGCAAAGGUUCCGUCACCACGGACCCAGGCAAAAAAGCAGACUGCACUUUAACCAUGAGUGACCAGGAUCUUCUGGAACUGAUGACGGGAAAGUUGAACCCACAAAUGGCUUUCUUCAAAGGGAAACUGAAGAUCACUGGGAACAUGGGCUUGGCCAUGAAGCUGCAGAACCUGCAGGUUACUCCGGGGAAGGCCAAGCUGUGAGACCCUGAGCGCACCUUGUGUCGUCUCUGCAGCACUUCAACGACACGUUUGUCGGAAUACUUAAUUCCUCCGUUUGCAUUUGGUCAUCGACAAGCACAAGGAAAACGGUCAUCUGAUCUUUAGAGGAGAUCUAUAAUGUUUUAAUUAAAGCAGAUGACUUUAAAUACAGUUAAAUAUCAUGUUAUGUUGCUUCAGUUCUCUUAAAGUCUUCUAUCAUUUCUGAAACAUCCAUAGUCUCUAAUAUGCUUUUUUAUUAAUCGUCCUUAAUGUGCCUUAAUUUCCCUCUGUGGAAUUAAGAUUGUGGUUCAAAGCCGAUUGUGGUCUCGACCCUUUUGAUAGAUCAUUUUGUAUUUAAUACAAGUCUGUAAAUCCUAGCAAAUAUUAUUAUAUUAAUUAAAACGAGAAUUAAAAAAACUAAAA